UUGACUAGGCCUUUUUUAGGAAUCCCCCGGAUAUAUCUCCCAAUAAACAGUUUUGAAGUUUGAGAGAAAUAUUAUAUCAGCGAAAAUUGACUGCUGAGUAAAUAACUCUCAAAUUUUGCAAUCAAAAUUCUCCCAAUAAUAAUUAUUGAAGUUUGGGGAUGCUGCAGAGCAAGUCAUUCGUCAGGAAAACAAAGCAAGGCAAAGUAAUUAAGGUGGUGAGGGAACACUAUUUGAGAGAUGAUAUAUACUGUGGAGCUCCCUUUUGCAAUGUGUGCGAUGUUUCAGCAGCGCGGCUGAGCUCCAAUGCCUCCACUAUUCUCAUUGUCGAUACUAAUGUCGUCCUCCAUCAGAUUGAUUUGUUGGAAAAUCUAGCGAUAGAGGACGUCGUGGUGCUAUCCAUUGUGUUGGAGGAGGUCAAGAACAAGAAUCUUGCUGUAUAUAAUAGACUUCGAGCCCUUUGCAGCAAUCCACUACGAAGGUUCUUCGUGUUUUCCAAUGAAUACCACAAGGAUACAUUUGUGAAAAUUGAACCCGGUGAAAGUCCAAAUGAUAGGAAUGACAGAGCUAUUCGGGUGGCAAGCCGAUGGUAUCAGAAUCACCUUGGUAGUACAGUGCGAGUCCUCCUUAUUACGAAUGAUAGAGAGAACAAGAGGAAGGCAACCAAGGAGGGCAUAUCUGCAGAGACAGUUGAGUCAUAUGUAAAAUCACUUGAUCAACCAUCACUGCUCGACCUGAUUGUUCAGCCUCCCUCUGAAGAUGUUGCGAUGGAGGAUGUCGACGAUUUGAGGCCCUUAAAGAGAAAAGUCAUCUAUCCUGAGCAUAAGCCCAUGUCUGAAAUUACUGCUGGUUUGCAUCGUGGAAUUUACCACCAAGGGAAACUUCGUGUUAAUCGUUUCAAUCCUUUUGAAGCAUAUGUUGGGAGUGAAAGUAUUGGUGAGGAAAUCAUUAUAUGUGGGCGUGCAAACAUGAAUAGGGCUUUCGAUGGUGAUGUAGUGGCCGUGGAACUUUUGCCUCAAGAACAGUGGCAAGAGGAGAAAUCUCUUGUAAUAGCGGAUGAAGACGAUGAGGAGGAAGAUGACGUUCAUUUACCUCCAAACAGCACAGAUGAUGCUCCGAGAGUCACGAAUCUGGUGCAGGGUUCUGCUGAUCACGAGAAUGCUAUGCCAACUCGUCUCUCUGGGCGUGUUGUUGGUAUUAUAAAACGCAACUGGCACUCUUAUUGUGGAUCUUUGGAGCCAAUGCGUAUGCCAGCGGGCGAUGGUAGUGUUGUACAUGCUUUAUUUGUCUCCAAAGAUCGGAGAAUACCCAAGAUUCGGAUUCAAACUCGACAGCUUGGAAAUCUACUUGACAAAAGAAUCAUUGUUUCUGUUGAUUCAUGGGAUUGCUUAUCUCGAUAUCCUUCUGGACAUUAUGUGAGAACAAUAGGAGAAAUAGGAGACCGAGAGACUGAGGUUGAGGUGGUGCUGAUAGAGAAUGAUAUAGAUGCCAGACCAUUCUCUUCUCAAGUUUUGGCAUGCUUGCCACCAUUACCAUGGUCAGUGUCUUCUGAAGACUUGGCUAAUCCUGUUAGGCAGGAUUUGCGUCAUCUACGUGUAUUUAGUGUGGAUCCUCCAGGGUGCAAGGACAUUGAUGAUGCAUUGCAUUGUACAACUCUUCCAAAUGGGAAUUUUGAAGUGGGAGUUCAUAUUGCUGAUGUCACUAAUUUUGUUCACCCUGGAACUCCACUAGAUGAUGAAGCUGCACAAAGGGGUACUUCUGUUUACCUUGUUGAUCGACGGAUUGACAUGCUUCCCAAACCUUUAACAGAAGAUAUUUGUUCACUGCGUGCGGAUGUGGAGAGACUAGCCUUUUCUGUUAUUUGGGAAAUGACCCCUGAAGCAGAGAUCAUUUCUACAAGAUACACAAAAACCAUUAUUAAAUCAAGUGCUGCACUGUCGUAUGUUGAGGCUCAGGCAAGAAUGGAUGACAGUCGGUUGAUGGAUCCUUUAACUACAGAUUUACGAAAUAUGAAUGCUUUAGCGAAGGUAAUGAGGCAAAGACGUAUUGACAGAGGAGCUAUAACUCUUGCUUCUGCUGAAGUCAAAUUUCAAAUUGAUACUGAAACCCACGAUCCUCUUGAUAUUGGAAUGUAUCAAAUUCGAGAAGCAAAUCAGAUGGUUGAGGAGUUUAUGCUUGCUGCUAAUGUUUCAGUGGCUGAAAAAAUUCUGAAACAUUUUCCUCUGUGUUCGUUACUAAGACGACAUCCUAGCCCAACCAAAGAGAUGCUUGAACCUUUAGUGCGAACAGCUGCUGCUGUUGGUUUCUUUUUAGAUGUGUCAUCUUCAAAAGCAUUGGCUGAUUCACUAGAUCGUGCUGUGGGUGAUGAUCCGUACUUUAAUAAGCUGAUUCGCAUUCUGGCGACAAGAUGCAUGACACAGGCAGUGUACUUUUGUAGCGGAGAUCUCAGCCCUGCAGAGUUUUCUCAUUAUGGUCUUGCUGCGCCUCUCUAUACACACUUCACUUCUCCCAUAAGAAGAUAUGCCGAUGUCAUUGUACACCGCUUGCUUGCUGCAUCCUUGGGGACAACCAAGCUCCCAGAUAUAUUCCAAAACAGACCUCAGCUUACCAGUACUGCCGACAAUCUGAAUUAUCGUCAUAGAAAUGCACAAAUGGCUAGUCGGGCCUCUGUUGAGCUACAUACACUCAUUUAUUUCCGAAAAAUGCCCACGGAUGCAGAGGCCAGAAUAGUGAAAUUAAGAUCAAAUGGUUUCAUCGUUUUUGUGCCCAAAUUUGGUAUUGAAGGACCCGUGUAUUUGACGCCUGGAGGUGAAAAGACGGGAGAAUGGUUUGUUGAUGAGCAACAGCAGAAGCUUAAAAAAAUCGAUGGCAGUGUUUCUUAUAGUGUUUUACAGACACUGAGAAUUCACAUUAAUGUCAUAAUGCCUCAACCUAACAGGGAGAAGCUCCAACUUACACUUGUAUGAAGACAGAUGGGACUACGAAGUAGGUGAAAAGCUGAAGCCUCUUUGCCAGGCAAUGUAGAAUAACUUAUAAGCAUAUAAGCAACUUACGGAUAGAUAGAUUAUAUGUUUUUCUUAUUUUAUCUGUUACUUUGUUUGAAGAAAUUCAUUAUCCCUAUUUCCUAAACAGUGAUAUUGUAGUUAGUUUGGUGUUCUUCAAGGCAAUUAAUAGUGUUUUUAUUAUCAUACAUACAACUCUCAGUCCCUGAAGAAUGACUAAAGGUUUAAAUUUUCGUUUUA